AUGGUCUCCAAAGAGCCCUUCGUUCAGCCUUUUCGACGCAAACAAAACCCGAGGGCCUUUUCGUCAUUUUCGCCUCUCCCACCUUCAUCUUCAUCUCUAGAAACAGUGCGAAGCUCUCUCUCUCACACACACACUCACACUCACUCCACGCACCACAUCCUCUCUCAGGUGCCCCCGCCUCCACCACUGCUGCCGCUGGGCGGCGGCGAUCAGAUUUUGUUGUAUAGAGGUCUGAAAAAGGCGAAGAGAGAGAGGGGAUGCACGGCUAAGGAGCGCAUCACUCAAUUUAUCGAGGGGUCACCAGGUACGCCGACAAUCAAACGCGUGGUGCGCAUCUUUUUAGCUGAUUGUUUUGUGUGUGUUUUGGGUGCUGGAAUUCUUCACGGUGCUCUGUUAGAGCUUGGUACAACCUUUGAUGCGGGAGGCACUAUUUACUUGCUUAGCAGGCAUAGAUGGACUGGUCGGUAUGAAGCUCAUCUUUGGGAUAAAAGUACCUGGAAUCAAAAUCAGAACAAAAAGGGAAAGCAAGGUGCAUAUGAUGAUGAGGAAGCUGCAGCAAGAGCUUAUGAUCUCGCAGCUCUUAAAUAUUGGGGCCCAGGAACACUCAUUAAUUUUCCUGUGACAGAUUAUAGUAGAGACCUUGAGGAAAUGCAAAAUGUCUCGAGGGAAGAUUAUCUAGCGUCACUUAGAAGGUUCUGGUUUCUCAAGGGGUAUGUCAAAAUAUCGGCCCCUCUCCAGUUUGGCCAAGGGCCUGCACCUGACUACAACAGUGAGUUCUAUGGUGAUGAUGUUGCUGCAGGAAGUGGUUACUCCACCGAACGGAAAAUCGACUUGUCCAAUCACAUCAAAUGGUGGGGGGCAAAUAAAUCUGGUCAAACUGACUUCCGUUUAAGGGCCUUAGAUGAAACAAACAUUGGGUUUCCCGAUGAUGUUGCUAGUGAACUUAAAGAUUUAGAAUGCUCGGCCGGCAAGCCCACUGAACCCUACGAAAUGCCUCGGCUAGGCUUCCCUCCAGAAAGAUUGAAGCACAAAAAGAUAUCUGCCUUGAGCACUUUACUCAACUCAGAUGCGUACAAGCGCCUUGAGGAGAAAGUAUCGAAAAAUAAAGAAAAGGAUGAGAAUAAUGAAAAUGAGAACAAGAACAAUAUAUUAGACAAAAUUGAGGUUGGAAAAACGGCUGACAGAACAUGCCACGAUGGAGGAAGUGAAGGACAGGAGCACGGUUUGGCAUUUGGAUUAGGUGGAGGAUUAUCUAUUCAUAGAAAUGCUUACCCUUUAACCUCUCUUUUGUCAGCUCCGCUAAUUACCAACUACAAUGGUAUUGAGUCUAUUGACCCAUUGGCUGAUUCUGCACUUUGGAGUAAUCUCAUUCCUGUUCUUCAAUCGGGUCCUGGAUCUUCAAACACAAACGAGGUCUGCUAUUCUUCUGCCGAGUUUAUUUUCAUAUGAUUGAAUAUGCAUUUGUGAAUGCUGAUAAAUAUGAUAAAUUUUGAUUCAGGGCUGUGAAUAUUUUCAGCUUAUGUAAUGUUUGAUUAAGGUCUAAAAGUUCUUUAUAGGAGACACUGAUGUGUUUUUAAAUCACGGAGAGGAUAGUUAGAUUAAGUAAUUUUUAUGUUUUUGGGUGUGAUCUCAAGAAUCUCAACAAAGCAAAUCAACUCGUGCAAAAUCAGAGAAGAUUUUGGAUUCUCUUUUGAAAAAAAAAAAAAAUAAAAAAA